GAGAAUUACCAUGAAGACCGCACAGCACUGACAUACUCCACAUUUCUCUCUGGAUUUAUUCAUUUCGACUAUUUCCUUGUAUUGCUGUAGAAAAUUAUAGCGCCUGGAAUAUGGCACUUCUCUCAGACAAGGCUUAUGCUGGGUUUGAACUCUUAGAUCUUCUCCUUGAGCAGCCCCAGAAGUCUUUUCACAUGGAUGGUAAUGGUGACCAUGGCAACCCCACCUGGUCAAUCACAGAUCAAAGAGAGACUGUGUGGCAUGGUCUAGGUGUUGUUGAUAACUUCCUGGACUCCCUACUACGUACAUCAGAAUGUGUGUCGAAUCCCUGCUCACCUCUGUGGGUCUCGUCCCCUUGUGACAGUGGAAUCAGUGACGACACCCCAUCAGAUCACCAGCACAGCCCCCCGCUGCCCGACAGCCCACUUUUCGACUCCGUCUUCCUCCCUCACCAUCCUCAUCUUCAUCCUCAGGGUAUUCCUCAACAGAUAGAGGAGCACGGUGUACCUCCUGCAAACACAGAGCCUGAUUUCUCCAUUGAUCUGGCUGAUUGGGAGGGAUGCCUACUCUCGGAUGGUCUGACAGACUCUGAGUGUAUGUCAACUGUGCAGAGAGUUCAACCAACUUCAGUUUACCAGCUCACCGUUAAAGACCUGCUUCUCUCCAGUAAGGGAGAACCGUCAAAACCAUCCGCCCAGCAAUCGCAGCAGAAUCUGGUUCUAAGUGAAGAUGAAAAGAAACUUUUAGCCAAAGAAGGUGUCAGUCUCCCCAGCCAGCUGCCUCUUAACAAGUAUGAAGAGAAGAUGUUGAAGAAAAUUCAGAGGAAAAUCCGUAACAAGCAGUCAGCGCAGGAAAGUCGGAAGAAAAAAAAGGAAUACGUCGAUGGAUUGGAGGACAGGAUGGCUGCCUGCAGCACCCAUAAUCUGGAAUUACAGAGGAAAGUCCUAAAGCUGGAAAAGACCAACAUGACUCUGAUGGAGCAGCUGCGUAGUCUGCAGUCUCUGGUGAUGAACAGCUCCAGUAAACUUGCUCAAACUGGCACCUGCAUCCUGGUGCUGGUCCUCUCUUUCUCUCUCAUUCUGAUCCCAAGCCUCCAGCCCAUCUCCCACAGGAGAGCCACUGACCAUGCGGACUUCAGCACUGCCAAAGUUCAGUCAAGGUCACUGCGAUCUGUGAUGGAGGUGUACAGCAUGCAGGCCGGCUUCUCUGUGGAAAGGGAUGCUGACAUGUCCUCUUCCCUUCGUGCAAAACUUCGGCUCAGACCUGAGUAUGCCGACAUGGACCUCCUGCUUAACAACCAUAGCCACGGAGACCACGAGCAUCACAACGGCGACCCCAUAGCAGGUCACGCAGCCACACUGAACUGGAUAACGCACCCAGAGAAAGGACUGCAUCAUCAUAAAGACAGGAAGGAAUAGGCGGGAUUGACUAUCGGCAAAAGGCUGGUCAUGUUGCAACUUAUUCUGGCCAAGAACUGCCCACUUAAACAGGACGAGACUGUCUGACCGACAUGUAAAGUGACCAGUCACAGUUCAUUUUGUUUUAUGCUUUUUAGGGGCGGGUUUAUCUGGAAUAGAUUAUACCACAAUAAAAGACUGGCGUGUAAAAAGGAAUAAUUCAAACAAUGGCGCAGCAGUCUCCCCAUAAUGUUACAGAGAACGCUGAAAAAAAUAGCAGAAAAUAUGCGUAGACCUGGUGGUCAGAAAUCAUGUCCUUUAAAAGUACUGAUUAUUUUGCAGCCAUUAUUCAGAAAAAAACUCAGUUUUGCCUCUAAAGCCAAAUUUAUGCAAUGGAAGAAGUCAAACUUUCUUUCUCCUGAAAAAACUAGAGGCAAAAUAAUUUGAAUAUGUGUGGUGUUGUUGUGGAAAUAAAUAAAGAACAUGACUUCCAAACUGCACCAACAAUUCGUUUUAACCAAUCAUCAAUGCUCUUCCACUAGCCAAGUUCUCCACGGUCAAGAUUUUCAAGAAUGUGGGCGAACAGCAAAACGAACCUUAGCGCAACAAAAAACAUGUUUCAUUGUUCGCCAAGUAAGUACAAAUUAGUUUUAACUUGACAAGCUUUGGUAAAUCCAAUGAUUAAGUGGCCAUUGUAUCACUCUAGUAGCCAAUUUUUAAACAGUUUAGUUUUGAGGCAGACUGAUAAAAACAAUUAAAAAAAAACCCUGUGCACUUUAGUUCUGGAAGUUGGGUAAGCCCAGCCAAUGGGUUCAGAGCUUGCUGUUUUGUGUGCAAAAUGCAUGUGACGGUAAGUGAACAGACUUCGAGCGGGCGGCAGGCGUGCGAUCUGAGGGUGAGACUAGCAAACAGAUGUAUCAACAAGGUUGCGCCAAAUCUUAGAUGGAUUUUGGCCUGCGUUUUAAGCCUUAGGGAAGAGAUUAAUCAUUCAGAAUUGGCCCAACGCUGUACAUCGCAACAAGAGGAAAAUUCCUGCCAAGCAUUUUGCUGGUCACUCUGCCAAGAUCACUUUUGCCUCAGCUGUUUGAUGAUCUCGUUUGAUGAAUAGACAGCAAAUCUCAUUUGUGGAAAAUCAAGCAACUGCAUGUAGCCACAGCAACUCUGGUCACUAAAUGUUAGCUCUUGCAUUUGCCAAACCCAAUAUUCAGUUCUCAGUCUCAGCAUAGACAACCCGAUCAGACCAAUUUCAGCUCAUAUAUGAGGUCCAACAUGUCCUCGCAAAAACUUCAUGUUGCAGAUCCUUUUGUGUUAAUACUGCAAUAAACUUGACUCGAGAGGUCUCUGAAUUAGUGUUUGAUUGUAAUCGUAUUCUAUAACUCAUUCUGUUCAGUGCGCAGAACUCUCUAAAGCACUGUGACUCACGGUCAAGCAUGGUUCUUGAAUUCUAAACAACGAUUUUUGUGUCUCCAUACAGUAGAUUCACGAUCUGAUCUGAUUAUUAUUUACAACAAGUGGCUGCCAACUAUUUAUGGUUGCAUAAAUAACCAGAAAAGAAAGCUGCAGUUUGUUCUCAGAGGCAUUUAAUCACUCUCAAGCUGUUGCUUGAAAAUGGAAAUAUCUGUAUAAUUGGACCCGUGGAGUUACUGCACACGUUGACACUGUAAAAUCAACAAUGGUAAAGGGCAUUUGUUGGUGUCAGUUUGUUAAAAAGCACCACUGCCUUUGCUCCAACGUGCAUGCAUGUUUCAAGUGCAGAAAUGCAUUUUUUAUAAGCUUUAGAGGUGAAGAUGAGGGCAGCAAGGAAUAACAAUUACCCCUGUUUCCGCCAGCUCAGGAGGUCAGUCCUUCUGCAUCGAAACAAAGCACCACCGGCUUUCAGUCUACUUGGGUUCUACAAAAUGCAGUGUAACCUUGAUGAACAUCUCUUCAUCCCUGCGGGUUUCUUUAAGUUGUUAUUUAUCAACUAGUUAUACCUUUGACAUUUUGAAAAGCAUAAUUGAAACGAAAUGCAUUUACUUAAUUACUGUACUUAAGUACACCUUUUGAGUAACAGUACUUUACUUGAGUAUUAUUUUUUCUGGAAACUGGUGACUAUAACUUCACUACAUUUGAAAAACAAAUAUCGUACUUUUCACUCCACUACAAUUCUAUCAAGUUCCUUGAGUUGAAAGUCGUCACUAUGUAGCAGCUUUGAAAAUCUUACAUUUACAUAUCUUGAAAUUAUCUGAGAUCUGAAAGUUUCAGUAUGAAGUAUGGUCGGUCAAAUUAUUUUGUAUGGAUUUCCCCACCUUGUGGAUACACCGCUAUCGCAUGGGUAAGGAUCAACAAGUUAGUUAGCAUGCAAAAGCAUGAAUUCCAAUGUAAAUGAGCUUAAGAGUUAAAUAAGUUAAUAUCUUGUAAUUUUAUAGUUUUUAUCUUUGUUGUUGUUACCUUGCAUAAUUACUACAGUCAUGUGUAGAGCUGCACGAUUAAAUCACGAUCUCGAUUCAAACACCCACUCGAUCUCUUUCCUAAAUGAUAACGAUUCGCCUGUCUAUAAAACCUUUGCCAAAAAUCAUUCCGGAACAUUCAAAUCUGCGUUGGUGCUGCCGCUGAGCCAGAGAGAGCAUUUAUCAUAUAUAGGUAUGAAACCUAUACCUUCAUAAACAGUCUUUUCUAGUCCUGGACUUACAGCCAAAGUGCACGGUCAUGUCUGUAUUUACAGCAAUUUCACCAUCCGCUUGAUUUUAAUGUGCAUGAAUGUAUACACAUAGAUGUGUGCACACCGCCAGAGCUGUGUGAGAACACUACCAUGCUGCUGCUUUUGUGGGGGUGGGUAGGAGUGUUAAAUAAAAACAAUUAAGAUGAUUAUGGCUGUCUUUUUUGUCAAUUCAGUUGAUUCAUUUCUAUAGCUAGUCAGUGUAUUCAGUAGGUUGCUUCAGAGGCAUAAGGUAUUGUAAGUAUUACAUACAACAAUGCAACUAUAAUAAAACAAUGCAUUGACAUAAAAAAGGAAAUUUACUUUUGAUACUUAAGUACUUUUAAAACCAAGUACUUCUGUACUUUUACUUAAGUAAAAAUCUAUCUUUACAACUUUCACUUGUAAUGGAGUAAUAUUUGACCAGUAGUAUCUAUACUUUCACUCAAGUAAUGGAGUUGUGUACUUUGUCCACCUCUGAUUGAGUAUAUAUAAUUUUACUAAGGAAUAGCUCUGAAAAACCCCCAUAGCUAAUUUUUCAGGGGUUCAGAAAGAGUUGAGAACAGGGUUUUUUUUCUCAAGGUAAAUGGCUUUAGAAGAAUCUCAAAAAGAUAGAAGAUGCUAAGCCACUUCAAUAUUUUGUAUUUAUUGUUUUCUGAAUGUCGAUUCAUUUCAGUUGUAAAUAAAUUACCUCUGGUAUUGUGUGUAAAUGCUGUGUGGGUACUGCUUCAUACCAGUCGUGGUAAAA